ACAGUGUAUCAUUCUCUCUUCUCUACCUUCCCACAAUACUCUUCUCUCUCUCUCUUCACUUCUUCGUUGAAUUUGACUUCACAGACAAACCCUAGCCUAGCCUACGAUUCCAGAAUCGCUCUAUGAAUCGUUGAGGUUUCAAUGAAGCAGAUGGUGGCGGUUUUCUGAGUUCUGAAAUGCUUCUGAUUUGGUGCUAGUUUCUGUUAACGACGGUGGCUAUGGCUCGGCGCCGCCAUGGAUGGGAGCUUCCUUUUCACACUUUUCAGGUUGUGGCGAUAACGGUUUUUUUCGUGUUAUCCACUGCGUAUUAUGUCUUCUUUGCUCCUUUUCUCGGAAAGGAUAUCUAUGAGUAUGUGGCUUUGGGUGUUUACUCUGUACUGGCUCUCUCUGUGUUCGUUCUUUAUGUUCGGUGCACUGCCAUUGAUCCUGCUGAUUUAGGAGUAAUGCAUGACUGUGACCAGACAUCUAAAAAAGGAUCAAAACUUGAUGAAGAGUUGGCAGAACCCAGCAAGGUAGGACCAAAUGGCGAAGUAAUGUCUGAUUUGCAUAAUUCAAAUUGGUGCUCCACACUUGGAUGUUUCUUUUGUAGUUUCCUUGCUAGGGAAGAUUGCCGCAGUAAUGAAGAUAUUACUCUACAGCAGCAAUCUGGAGAGGAGGAUGUUUUGUUCUGUACUUUGUGCAAUGCUGAGGUGCGGAAGUACAGUAAGCAUUGUAGAAGUUGUGACAAAUGUGUUGAUGGAUUUGAUCACCAUUGCCGGUGGUUGAACAAUUGUGUUGGAAGGAAGAAUUACAUCACAUUUGUGUGCCUCAUGGCAGUGAGCCUAGUUUGGCUUAUAGUUGAAUGUGGAGUAGGGAUUGCCGUCCUUGUCAGAUGCUUUGUUGAUCAGAGGGGUACUGAGAAUCAAAUAGCUCUAAAGCUUGGAGCUGGAUUCUCUCGAAUCCCAUUUGCUAUUAUAGUGGCCCUAUGCACAGCAGUUUCUUUCCUUGCAACUGUACCUUUGGGUGAAUUAUUCUUUUUUCAUAUGAUCCUCAUUCGCAAGGGUAUCACCACAUACGAGUAUGUCGUUGCCAUGAGAACUCUAAGUGAACCACCUGGGCCUUCAGUUGAUGGGGGUGAACAGCACAGUCUACAAUCAUCUCCUGCUAGUUCAGCUGUCACCGGAAUAAGUGGAAGAAGCUCUGUUGGAUUGAGUUUGCAACACAAAGGUGCUUGGUGUACACCUCCAAGGAUAUUUAUGGAUCACCCGGAUGAAAUUAUACCACAUUUGGAGCCAGGAAGCCUACCAUCAACUGUUGAUCCAGAUGCAAUACCUGACAAAGGGAAAAGGGUGAACAGGCGCCCUGUGCGAAUAAGCGCGUGGAAUCUUGCAAAAUUGGAUUCUAAUGAGGCAGCUAAGGCAGCAGCUAAAGCUAGAGCAUCAUCAUCUGUGCUUCGCCCAAUAAGUUCCCGAUCUCAUGCAUAUGAUGUUGAUCAUUUAUCUAGUAGCAAUGUUAGUGGAAGAAGCAGCCCUAUUAGCAAUCAAGGAUUUAGCAACAAAUAUGAUACUGCAGGUACAUCGAAGUUAUCUCCUUACAAGAGCUCAAACCCUCCUAGUCAAGCAAGCAAGGAAGAUAUAGAUGCAUGUCAACAGAGUAUGAGUAACUUCAGCAGUCCUCAAGUCUCCAACUUUGCUCCUUCACCAGGGCUAAAGCCGGACUUGAACAGAGACCAUUUCAACCCCAUGUAUCAACAACCAUCAGGAAACCAGUCUCCUUCAUCAGCUAAAGAAAGCGAAAGGAAUGUAAAUCCAGUUCAUGAAAAUGGUGCACGUGUACCAAUGAGAAGUAACAGACUAGCUAUUCCAGAGAAUAGAAGAUCGUCAGUGUUUUGGGAUCAAGCAGCCGGGCGCUUUGUGUCCUCCUCAUCUAGAGGUCAUGGCAGUUCUCAGGCUUCUGGAACAGAGUUAUUGUACACUGGUCGUAAUAUAUUUUUUGGCAGUCCUGUCGUGAAUGAACAACCAACUACGGGAACAAGAAAUAGCAGCUCAGUAGUUGCUGGUAUUUCGGAUAGAGAUUCUAUGUCAAGGGAUUUUCAGCAAGGUAGAUCACAUAGAGGUGCCCAGCUUCCUGUGUUUGUUCCUGGUUAUUCCCAGCAAAACAAGUUCUCUUAGAUUUCGUUGAGUUUGAGUCCUUCACCAGUAAUUGCAAUUUUUUUUCUUCUCUUCCUUCUUUAUUUUCAGGAAAUUCCUAGAACAUUAUCUUUCACUUUGAAAUGUCUAUUUUGUUCCACUGUGCUUAUAGCACGUUUGGAUCAGCUUCUAUUUCAUUAGAAUCAAUUCUGAAACCUGAAGCUAUUCACAAAAGCUUCUUCCCAGAAUUGAUUCUGACUUUAGGAUCAAUUGUAGAAGAAUUUCCAAACUUGCACGUUUGCAAUUGCUUCUGUACAGGCUAAGGAUCACAACCACUGUACAUUUUAUUGACGACUAUCAUUGGACGUUUCUCUGUGCA